AUGUUAGAGUCACAGGUCACAGCCACAGUUGGAUUCAAUCCCCAAUAUGAAGGUUGUCAUGCAUCUUGGAAAGCAUAUUCGUCUGACCAAAGAAUCAACGACCGAGAAAGAGAGCUUGUAAUAGAAACCCUUCCUAUGAAUGCUUUCUACUUCUGCAAGUACGAAGAGGUUGCAUACAAAAUCCGCAAUCUGCUGAAAGCAUAUAAUGGCAUUCCAUCCUCAGAACUAGCGAGAGCUGCCAAAGCUUCCUUGGAAUUCUAUGAGGAUUCAUAUGGAGUUGAGGUCAUAGCAACACCAUCCACACUAGAACUUGCUCAGAAGCUGGAGAAAAUAAAAGAUGAACAUGUAUUUGUCGCCUGUGCCCUCAGUAAGGAUCCACUUCCUAGCCCUCCACAGCAAAAAAGGAAGAAAGGGAAGUUUCACAAAAAUAAGAAAAAGCAGCCACACAAAAAACAUAAUAGAAAGAAGCCAACGAAGAAAAAUCCGACAAAGAAGCGAACAAAGAAAUUCCGAGCAAAACGAGUACAAAGAAGUCCACCAUCAAAGAAACUAAAAAGAAAGUCGAAACAAAUCAAACAUCAAAAGAAGAAGAAAGGAUCACCGUCGAAGAUCUUACCUCCAAAUCAACAGACCAACAACAAGAAUUACUAUAUAUGCGUUUAUAACGAUAUAAAGUACACACCUCCUAUUCCGUAUGAUAAAUAG